AUGAAAUUGACAGGGCCCGUUGGAACUAUAACCUCUGACUGGAUUGAAACAUAUGAAACGAAUAAACAGACAGCGUUACUUGUGCUCGUGAAUUUCAUAAUAAAGUCUGCUGGUUGUCCAGAGUCAAUAAAUGCCGACUCUUUUGAAGAUGAGGACCACAUUGUUGAUAAUCUAAAAGCAUUACAAGAUGCUUAUGAGAAGGAGUCAAUAUCCGAUUAUCCUCUUGUAUCAAAAUCAAAAGACUUUAAAAAAUUUCGAAAAAACUUGCUUGAAUUCUUUCAUCGUUUAAUAAAACAAAUAAAACAUUCAAUACUAUAUGAUGAGGUAUUCUUUGAAACCGUUGCUUCUUGGGUGAUUGCUAUGUCGAGGUAUAAUAGUUUAGAAACAAAGACCACAGAGCUUAAUGAUAAAAAGGAACAAUUGCAUUCUUAUCUUAACGAAUUUUUUGAUUGUGUAUUUGUUCAUCGAUAUCGUGAUGUCGAGGCAAUGAUCAGGGCGGAAUGCAUAAAGGAACUGGGCCUGUGGAUUUCAAAGUACCCUGAGCUCUUUUUAGAUGAUACGUAUCUACGAUAUAUAGGCUGGCAAUUAUCCGACAAAUCACCACUAGUACGCAUCGAAUCUGUAAAAUCACUUUCCCGACUCUACGCAAAAGAAACAUUCAAAACCUCUCUUCGCCAUUUCACUGAACGCUUCAAAAGCCGAAUCCUCGAAAUGGGAUUAAUGGAAUCCGACAUCACCGUGCGCAUUUCGAGCAUUAAUCUCCUCGCACAAAUUUCGCAAGCUGAACUAUUGGAGGAUUCGGACGGGUACGAGGAUCAGAUUUCGUUAUUGAUUUAUAGCGAUAAUCCGAAAGUGAGAAAAGCUGUGACACCGUUUGUUAGAGAUAUUUUGAAUACAGAGUAUAUCCAAAAAAAGGUUGAGGAAACAUUGGCGUUAAAUCCUGGCAGUGCAAAUAUCAGAAAAGAUUGGAUUACGUUUAAGUGUUUGGCUGAGUUUCUGGUAAAAUCCAGCAAAGCCAUCAAAAGAGCUACAAAUUCUACCGAAAACAACGACGACGACGCAACGAUGAUCAUGGACAUUGAAGAGUCUGAAGAAAGCGAUGAGGAUAUCGAGAUUGCGCAAAAAAUCGGCGGCGGAAAAAAGAGUCGCGUCAUUUUAGCAAUUCAAGAUUUGUUUAACGAGUUACAAACACUCAAAGACUGGAAGACCCUCGCUGAUUAUCUCACAAAAGACCAUUCAUUAACUAGUAAUAGUCAUCUUACGUCUUCGGAGAGUGCGGCUGCAUCAUCUUCCUCGACGGUUAAUAUUGCUACAAAUACUACCACUAGUGAUUCAGCAAAUAUUGUCGAGGACUGUUAUAGAUUAAAUGAACCGGAAGAGACUGUGCUUGUUGAGGUUCUUAUUGCUUCGAUAAAUUUAAGUCUUGAAGAACCUUUGAAAGCAAAAGAUAAGAAAGACGUUGAGGCACGCCAAGAUGAAAUAGGUUCUGAAAUUGCAAGAACAAUGGUGAAAGUAUUACCGCGACUAUUAACAAAAUACGCGCCCGAUGCUGGUCGCAUAGCUGAGGUAUUGCAAAUACCACUGUUGAUGAAACUGGAUGUGUAUCAAGAUCUUCGUAUGACUAAGGCAUACGAAACUCUAGUAGAUGAUGUGAAAGCGUUGUUUCUCAAACACACCCAACCUUUGGUUCUUGCAAAUGCUGCUGAAACUUUCCGUCAUAUGGCAAAUAUUAAGAGUCUCGCGUCAAUAACAGAAACAAAGCUCGUUGAAUUACAGGAAGAAGUUAUACAAGCCUUUAGAAAAGAGUAUGAUGCUAAGGAAUUAUCUUUCCGUCCUCUCAGCAGCGACCAAGUUCAUUCAAUCAAAGCUAGUUUAAAUCGCCUGGAACAAUUGAUCUCCUUUAUUAAUAUUGUGCCGGCGGUAGAAGAAAAAGAUGAGAACGGCACUGACGUGUUUGAUUGUAUUUUGGCGGUUACGCAGCGUGGCAUGCUUCCAAAUAAAAAAAAUGAUGAGAAGAUUAUUAUUUCCGCAAUAAACUUUAUUUGGUUUUAUAUAAUGUGGAAAGUUAACACAUUGACGGUGAAUGAAGACGAAAUUCAGGAUGCGCAAGCACAAGUUGUAGAUCAUUUUUUAACGCGCCGGGAUAAUGUUGUGAAAAUAUUGGAAGGGUUGGUGACUUCUGGAGAUGCUGUGAAUAGUGCAUACAAGACAUUAGGGAAUAUAUACUGGCUAUUUGCAUGUGAUUUCUUCUAUCUACCAAGUUGUCCUAACAUUGCGAAGCUGAGACUCUUGUGCUCGAAUUCAACGCAAGAGACACUUGUGGCAUUCGUCGAAAACGAAAUCAUAAAACAUAAACAGGAAAUCGCUGAGUCAGUUAAACAAAUGCGAAACAAACCUCAUAAUGAGCAUGAUGAAAUUGAUAAUGAGGAAGAAAAUAACAACGAAGAUGAGGAAAGCUCAAAGAGAUUGAAAAAUUCCGAUAAUUAUCUUGCAGCAUAUCAGAAACACGAAUUUCUCGACAUAAUCGGCACACUGUUGCGUGGUGCACGUGGCGGGAUCUUUAAUAUCAAAUUUUCGGCGACUGUUAUUGCACAGUAUGGAAAAUUUGGUAGCGAUGUAGACGAACUUAUUAAAAAGGUCAUUCAAGAGUUCAAAGAUUGGAAAUACGAAACCGAGCCACAAGUUUUUUAUGAAAUCUGCUCGGAUUCUUUGCUAAAAAUAUUCGAAAUGUACGAACAAAUAGUUGACCGAGGACCCAACGACAGCAUUGAAUCGUUACAAAUCACAAUAAUGGAAUCCGCGUCGGCGCUCGCACGCAUCUUUGCAAAUACUCUACACCUACGUGAGACCUCGGUCAUGCAAUCGCGGAAAGAUUCCGACCACAUUGUUGAGAUGCACACGCGGUUAUUCGAACAUGCGAUCGAGAAUAUGGCUGGCUUUAAACAUGGGAUGAAAAAUAUAAAGAUGUUGAAAUAUUGGAUAAAAUUCUUUAAACCAUUGACAGCAUUACUGGGCGGUAUUAGUAUUAAUGAUGCGUUGACUAUUGAUACAAAACUUAAAGCCAGUUUAGAAGCGAACUUGAUCAAGGUACCUGCUGAACACGAUAAAGAUUGGGAAGCAUAUUAUGGAUACGUGCAGAAGAUUCACAAGAUACUUGUCAAGUUUGGAGUCAGGAGUCCUGUUAUCAAUGAAGAAUUUAACAAGAGACCUGCAACAGCAUCUGGUCUCAGCAGUAGCGCGCGACGGAAACGUAAGACAACAGCAGCAACUACUACAAAGAAAAGUAAUCUUAGUGAUCGCAUCAACAAAAAAACAAAAAAAACCAAUAAUGAUGAGAAUGCAAACAUUAGAGAAAGUCAAGAUAGAGAUGACGAUAACGACGGUGACAUCAAUGAUGACGAUGCUGCAUCUUUUGCGUCUCCCAAAUUAUUACAUAGACGAAUCAAUAAAUUUAGUAAAAAGACUACUACUACUGCUGGUAAUUCGAAAGAAACCCCUAAAAACAGCAAAAAACGUGCAUCGCCAUUUGUAGAUGAAGCUGAGUCUAUAGUAGGAACAUCGACUAGCGGCGGCGACACGACUCAUCCUGCACAACGUAAGAGGCGAAGAAAACAAUCUUCAUCACCUACGACUACUAAAAAAACGAUGACGAAAAAUAAACAUAAAA